AUGACAUUAUCGAUACCAGAAAUCUUGAGUCUACAAGGUUCUGAUGCAUCAUCAGUGAUUGAAUUGAAGAAAAGAUCGAACUCACAUUUGUCACCGUCUAGUUUGAAGCAGAAUAAUUCAAAACACAAGAAACUUAAAAAACUGGUGAAAAACAAGACUGAUACUAAUGAUCUUGCCAGUUGCAAACACAUUUUUGGAGAUCAAAUUUUUGGAGAUCAUCCUGAUAUUUGCAAUCACUUGAUAGACAAAAUUCUUGAUGAAAAACCUUUAUUAUGCGAAAUACCUUAUAUGAGUCGGAUUGUUCAAAGCUAUUGUGAUGAUAAGGAGACUUUAAAAUUUGUCAAAAACUUAUUGAUGCAAAAGCUUGACUCAUUUUUAUCAAAACUUCUUGAAAAUUUGAAAGGAAAUACUACUAUCGGCUCAUUACAACACAAUAAUACUCACGAAGUGAAAUAUGAUGAUGAAGAAAUAAUAAAAGCUUGUGAAAUUAUUCUUGAAUACUGGAAACGCUAUGAGAAAAUUAUAACAAAACUUCGGAUUAUUUUCAAUUUCGAAUAUAAUGUACAAGAGAACUUUGGACGUAAAAUGACCUUUAGAAAUAUCCCGGAGGACUUUUCAAUUUACGAGGCGGGACUUGAACUAUUUAAUAGAUGUUGUUAUAAAAACUUUCCAGAAGACAUUAAACUUUUCUAUACUGAUGAAUGGGAUAAUAUAAGAUCGGAGUAUCCUAGCAUGAUCAAUUUUAUGGAAAGUCUUUUUGUUAUAUUGACCGAAAUGUAUUUGAAGGAGAAGUACUUUGAAAAGUCAAAUCUACAUACGGAAAUACGAUUAUCGUACGAAAAGUUUGUUAAUUUUAUGAAGGAAAAAAUUAAAUGUUCAGUAAGAUCAUGGGAUCGUUUUAAGAUUGUACGAUUUGCUACCGUUCAAUAUCUACGAGACCAAAAGUAUGACAAUUUAAAGGGAUAUUUCAAGAUUGAAGGUCUGACACAAACUAAAACCAUAUUAAGUAUCAUUGACGAAGAAGUCAACUUUGCCAUAAAGUUUCAUGGAGACAAUUUAAAUGUCUUUCUAGAAUAUAAAUCAGAUUUAGUGAAGCUGAUGAUGUUUCUGAAUACAGACAAUGCAAGGCAGUUGCAAACAGACAUUUGUGAGUUGAUAGAUUCCGAAAACGAUAUUUAUACAGUGUUGUUUCCGCUACACUAUGGAUUUGUCACCUCCGAUUAUGAAAUAAAUCCCGUGGACAAAACCGGAUAUUUUGUUUCCCGUAAGGAUCCCAUUAUCCAGAAUCUAAAAGCGCAUUUUAAUACCAAAGCAGAGGCGUUGGUUAUGAAAUACUUAUGUUCAGAUUUUUCAUUAGAUCCGAAUACGUUACCUUCAUUUGUAAAGGAUUAUUCUUUGUUAUCAGUUUAUACGAAUCAAGUCACCUUAAGUCCAUACUACCCUUUUAAUACUAUUCAAACGUGGGAAUCGGCAUUGGAUAAAGUCGGGAUGAGUAUUAGUAGCAUAAUGAAACAUCUCGCUAAGAUCAUAGACAUGUUUUUUAAAAACAAGUUUCAACAAAAUCUUAAUGUGAUAAUGUUGGUGGAAAUGAUCAGUUUUAUGUUGUAUCCAACAGCUGGAAAAAGUAAACUUGAGUUUAUUUCCGUAUAUCAGAGAGAUUUAUGUAAAAGGUUGUUAUUGUAUAAGCAAACUAAUUUAAAGGAAGAGUUAGAAAUUGCUGAAUAUUUCAGAUGCAUUUUUGGCCCAAAUACAAGGUUUACCAAGUUGAUAAAAGAUGUAUCAAAGAGUAAAGUUAAGACUGUUAAUAUGGGGUCUAUUGGACAAUCAGUUGAAUUUGAAUCAUUGAUGUUAGACUCAAGCCUCUGGACAAAUAUACUUCCUGAUGAAAGCUUCAAAUCAGUAAAAUUACCUACUGAGUUCCAAAAGGUGUUAAAUCCUAUAAAUAUUUCGAAAAAAGGGAGAUCUCAGGAUUGGACUCAUUAUAAACUUCAUAGACUAACAAUAUUGGGUCAAUUUUCUGAAAAUAGAGAAAUACCAAUCAAUUGCAAUAUGUUGCAAGCAAUAGUUAUACUUGCAUUUAAUGAAAAAGAUAUUAUGUCAUUUGAUCAACUACAAAAACAGACCAAAAUUGAUUCAAAUCUAUUGAAAUAUAUUUUGGAUACUUUUUCAGCUAGUGCAAAUAGAGUUUUGCUAUACAAAAAUGACCAAAUACUGUAUAAUAAAAAAUUUAAAAGUAAGUCUGAAGUAAUCAAUUUGCCAAUGAUUAAAGACAACAUGAGAAAGAUUGACAGGUCUUCGAGGGAAGCUUCCAUCUCUACGGAGGUAAUUGGUAACGGUAAUGGAAAAUAA